AUGCUCGGAUUCCGUGUGUACGAGCCGUCCGACGACACGUACCUCCUCCUCGACGCCCUCGCCGCCGACCUCGCCGUGCUGCGCGCUGCGCUGCCCGGCGUCGUGCUCGAGCUCGGCUCGGGCUCCGGCUGCGUCAUCACCGGGCUGGCCCAGAUCCUGGCGCGCGGCGGAGUGGUGCGCGCCGACCUGCUCGGCGCAGUGCGGCCUGGGACGGUCGACGUGCUGCUCUUCAACCCUCCGUACGUGCCCACCUCGGAGGAGGAGGCGGCAAGUGGGCAGGCCGAGCGCGACAUCUCCGCCGCCUGGGCGGGCGGGCCCGACGGUCGCGUGGUCGUGGACCGGCUGCUGCCUGACCUCGGCCGGCUGCUCUCUGCGAGAGGGGUCUUCUACUUGCUCGGCGUGCGCGAGAACAGACCCGACGAGCUAGCGGCGCAGGUGGAGGCGCAGCACGGCAUGCGCGCCGAGCUGAUCGCUGAGCGGCGCGCGCAGAACGAGCGCCUCUUUGUGAUGCGCUUCUCGCGGAGCCAACCUGCCUCCGCGUGA